UUUUGCGUUGAUUCUUCAAUUUCUUGUUCAAAAGGGUAUUGUUUUUAAGGAUUUUUUUUUUUGGGAUCAGUAAUGGCGACUUUGGUUCGAUCAGUUGCUCGUAGUUUGAGGAGAAAGAACUUAUCUUCAAUGUAUUGCCCUGCCUCUACAUUGCAGUCACAUGCCACCAGUUUUGGUUUUAAGGACGUAGCAGAAGAAGAAAAGAGUAAGAUGGUUGGGAAUGUCUUUACCAGUGUUGCUUCAAACUAUGAUCUCAUGAAUGAUCUAAUGAGUUGUGGACUUCAUCGUUUGUGGAAGGACAGAUUGGUUUCGAAGUUGAAUCCGUUUCCAGGAAUGAAGCAUCUUGAUGUGGCUGGUGGAACAGGGGAUGUUGCUUUCAGGAUCCUUGAAAAUAUAAAAAAUGUCAAACGCAGAGCUAUGCAAGAUGUUCUUGAUGAUGACCUGAUUGAAGAAACUAGAAUUUAUGUAUGUGACAUCAAUCCAAACAUGUUGGGUGUGGGUAAGAAGAGGGCCGAAGAGAGAGGUUUUGGACUGGAGAAGUUUCUCAAUUGGGUAGAGGGAGAUGCAGAAGCCUUGAGCUUUGAAGACAACUCAAUGGAUGGUUACACAAUUGCUUUUGGUAUCAGGAAUGUUACACACAUAGAGAAAGUUCUUGCAGAAGCAUAUAGGGUGCUUAAAAGGGGAGGAAGGUUUCUUUGCCUUGAACUAAGCCACGUUGAUAUCCCAGUUUAUAAGGACUUGUAUGAUGUCUACUCAUUCUCAGUCAUCCCAGCAGUUGGUGAGCUAGUGACAGGUGAUCGAGAGUCUUAUCAGUACUUGGUUGAGAGCGUCCGCCGUUUCCCUCCACAGGAACAAUUUGCAAAAAUGAUUGCAGAAGCUGGAUUUCAAAAGGUAGAAUACGAGAACCUUGUUGGUGGAGUUGUCGCAAUCCAUUCAGGGGUGAAGUUCUAGAGUUCUUCUCAAAGUUAAUGUGGGACUGAUGGUUUUUGGCCUCUAUGAUACCAGGAAGAUCUCACGAAGAAAUAGUUUAAGGUUCACAAUGAUACGACUUAGCUACAUAGACGCAAAUUUAGAAAGAUGGUAUUCAAUGUAUUCUAUGUUUCUGGAAUGGCUAUGUUUUAAAUUUCCUGAGAGCCGCAUGGCCUUUCUCAUGAACUGUUUCAAAGAAUAAAGUAGGCUUAGAACAGUAUUACAUUAAGUUGCAAGUUUCUUCUGUCUGAAACCAGUUUCAUUAAGUAGAAAUGAAGCUCAGUUAUGAAUAAGUUGCUGCUGAAGUCAACAAUACUCUGUGUUUUAGCUUGAUUGGUAAACUUAAACACAAUUUGUACUUGAGUUUACAAUGAAAAAUAUGUUGUUAUUCAGGUGGGAACUAGAUAUAAUUUUCUCUG